AUUUUGCAUCAUUUUGGAAAGGUCUAGGUCGUAUUGUUGUUGACGAGUUGAGUGUGCUACAAAAGGUUAGGAGAUAACGCGCCGACCACGCAUAUUGCUGGUGACAUUUGUUUGGAUCUGUCCUGGUUUUUACCUGCAUAAGUAUUUGCGCUGCACUGCUGGCAUAAAAAUAGUCAAAAUGAGCGAAAAAGGAGCCAACCCCAUCGACACGGAGCCCAUUACGUUGACACGUUUCAUUUUAGCCGAACAGAAAAAGCAUCCCUCAGCUACUGGCGACUUCUCACAAUUAAUAAACUUCAUACAGACAGCCGUCAAAGCUGUGUCAUCGGCUGUCAGAAAGGCUGGAAUUCAUAAAAUUUUUGGUAUGUCGGGGACUGAGAAUGUUACCGGAGAUGACCAGAAGAAAUUAGACGUGUUGGCCAAUGACCUUUUCAUCAACAUGCUGAAGUCCUCCUACCUCACUUGUCUCCUGGUGUCUGAGGAAAACGAUCAUGCCAUUGUCGUGGAACCAGAUAAAGCAGGCAAAUAUAUAGUGACCUUUGAUCCUUUGGAUGGUUCCUCCAACAUUGACUGCCUCGUGUCCAUUGGGUCAAUUUUUGGAAUCUACAGAAAGAAAGAUGACGGCCCUGUCACAGAGAAGGACGCCCUACAGAGUGGGCGGGAGUUGGUGGGGGCAGGGUAUGCCCUUUAUGGCAGUGCCACCAUGAUUGUCCUGUCCAUUGGGAAUGGAGUUAAUGGGUUUAUGCUGGAUCCAUCCAUUGGUGAAUUCAUCCUGACUGAUCCUGACAUGAAAAUCAAACCCCGGGGAAAGAUAUACUCCCUCAAUGAGGGGUACGAACAAUUCUGGGAUGCGGCUACCUCCGAAUACGUACAGAGCAAAAAGAGACCAAAGUCUGGGAAGCCAUAUGCAGCCAGGUACAUUGGGUCCAUGGUAGCAGACGUUCACAGGACUCUGGUUUAUGGAGGAAUAUUUAUGUACCCAGCUACCAAAGAGGCUCCUAAGGGAAAGCUUAGAAUGUUGUAUGAGGGCAUCCCCAUGGCAUACAUUGUGGAGCAGGCUGGAGGUCUCGCUGUGACAGGAACACAGAAUAUUAUGGACCUUGUUCCCGAGACGAUUCACCAACGAUGUCCAGUGUUUAUGGGGUCAAAGGACGACGUACAGGAUGUCAUCGACCUAUACAAGAAACACGGUCUAUAGACCAAUGUAAAUGUUUUUCAUUGGCUGUGUCAAACACAAACUAGGAUUCAGAAAACUACAUUCAUACAUAUUUCAUAAUGUCAUAUAUUCCUUGCAUUUAGUCCUUAUACUUACUAGUGCAUUGUGUGGGAAGUUCAAAGUCAAUACAAUAUCAUGUAUAUUUCAUUGUAAAGCUAAUUGAUAGUAGUAUAUACAGGUGUGUUAGUGCAAUACAAAUCAAAUUGCCUACUGCAAAAUUUAAAUGUCUAAUAUCACUGUAAAUAUGUUGUGGUUUUUUUUUUUUUUUUUAGAAUUGUGUGUAAGCUAGAUAAGCAAUACAAUGGGGAGUGUUACAAAUGUGAUCCUUUUUUUUUUUUUUUUUUUUUUUUUAGAUGUCAUUUUAUAUUAAAUAAAAAUUAUUGUGCUUGUCUAUUCUCAUCCACAAACAAAUUGGUGCAAAAUGAGGAGAGACAGUCCCUAGUUUGAAAUAUUAUUUUGUUUUGAAUUACAUUUUUGUUUUGUAUGAACCUAUUUGACACAAAGUGAUUUUAUUUCUUCCAUAUUGUUGAUAAAGUGAUCUUAAAGAGGUGCCAUGGAAAAUUUUGUUUGGAUUUAAAAAUGAAAAUUGGUUUAUACUAAUAAAUAUUAACCAGUC